AUGACGGCUGCGGCGGCGAAGCCGCCGGAGCGUGGCGGCCAGAAGCUUGUGGCCCCUUCGUUUGCGGCAGUAGUUGGCCGUUCCAAUGAUGAGAUUGGGGUAACGCUGGGUGUUGUCUCAACAUUCAGAGGGAGAUUCAGUGCGGGCAGGCCCUCCAUGGAGGCCAUACAAAAAUUCUUUGUGAUGCUGGGGCUCAAAGGACAUUGCUCAGUGGGUCUCCUGGACGAGAAGCACGUUCUGAUUAGACCAGUGGUGGACGAUGAUUAUACUCGCUUGUUUGCUCGCAGGGUCUGGUUCAUAGGUAAGUCACCAAUGUCGAUUUCGAAGUGGAGCAUCGACUUCAGGUCUGGCCAAGAGCUUUCAAUUGCUCCAGUUUGGGUAAGUUUCCCAGGUCUGCCUAUUCCCUUUUUCCAAAGGAAUCAGUUGAUGCAGUUAGCCUCUACGUUGGGGCACCCCCUCAAGUUGGAUGCGGCAACCGGUGAUCUUCGUCGGCCCUCUGCUGCGCGAGUGUUGGUAGAGGUAGAUAUUUCUUUGCCUCUUGCUAAACGCAUUUGGAUAGGAGAUGAGGAAUAUGGAUUUUGGCAGCCCGUGGACUUUGAAAACAUUCCUCCUUACUGCUCUUUCUGUUCCAAGUUCGGUCAUCAGCAGGACAGUUGUUUUCGGAGGGAUCCUUCCCUGCGACCUGUGAAGGUGGGGCGGGCUUCCUUGAAACUUCAAGAGGUUUCUGCGCCUGUCACGAGUUUGGAUAAGGGUAAAGCUAAGCAGGGUGAGCCUGGUAUACCUGCAGCGUCGUCAGGUAGUGUUGGGGCAGAGGUAGCUGGGUUGUCGGCUCCAGUCCAGAAGCAGCUGCUGCUCCAGGGACAUGGGGUGGCAACUUCCUGUGUUUUGUCUUCCAGAGAGGCUGCGGUAUUGGAGGUGCCGGUGGAAGCAGCGGCUGGGCAGCAGAUUGGGGAGGUCGAAGUGGAGGUUGAUACUACUUCUGACCCUGUGAAGGUUUUGGAGGAUGAGGGGAUGGAGCAGGAUAUGGGGCAGGCGCCCACAGUUGUGGAUGAUGCGCAUCAAGAUGUCGGUUGCGGAGGAGUGCAGGACGUGGGGAUGCAGCAGGAGCAGCUGGGUGAUGUAGAACUGGGUGGUAGUUUGGAGAUUAUCCUCCCGCAUGCUGCUGAGACGGUGGAGUCCAGCAGUGACGAGGAGGCCCUUUCAGUGGGCUCCUUAUCCCCACGAUUUGCUAUGGAGCUGGUGCGAAUCCAGGAUGCAACCAUAGUGUCAACAGCUGGAGUUAUUGACAAUUCGGUGGCGGCUUUGAGGAACAAACAAAAAGGUCUAUUUUGGAAUGUUCGGGGCAUUUCUAAAGCUCCGAAAUUGAGAAGGAUUAAAAAAUUGAUUCAAAUGAACAAUCUCCAAUUUUUGGCUUUUUGUGAACCUUGGUUGGAGGUUGAUAAAGUUGAACAGUAUAGACACAAAUUAGGUUUUCAUGGAGUGGUGCAUAAUGUGGUGGGUUCGAUCUGGGUUUUCUUCCAAGAGCCUUUUUCUGGCUUGGUGGUUGGAGAGAGCCCCCAGCAUGUGUCAGUGCGACUUUCUCACGAUCAUGUGCCGGGCUCCCACCUUGUUGUCUCCUUUGUGCAUGCGCGAUGUACACCUGUGGAGAGGUGUGAGCUAUGGGAGGGUUUAAUGCGGGAUAACCCGGGUUCCGCUGCAUGGCUUGUGGGUGGGGAUUUCAAUGUAAUUUUAGAUGCUGAGGAGAAGAAAGGGGGUCGGGCUUUUAAUCCUGGUGAAGCUAUGGAGUUUAGACAGUUUAUUAAUGAGGCUAAUCUCAUGGAUGCCGGUUUUUCUGGGGCUCAGUUUACCUGGUGUAACAAUAGACAUGGCAGGGCAAGAAUCUGGAAAAGAUUGGAUCGGGUUUUGGUGAAUGAAGGUUAUUCUGACACGGGGAUGUCAUUGGCGGUGUCGCACCUAGCCCGGGAGUCAUCAGACCAUGCUCCGCUCCUUCUUUCAGUGUCAACCAGAUUGGAUACUAAGCCGAGGUCGUUCAGGUUCCUUAAUGUCUGGACGAGGCACGAGGACUUCUUGCCUAUGGUUCAGGAUUCUUGGGAGCAACCGUGCGUUGGACCCCCUUUGCAAGUUCUCUGUUGCAAAUUAAAGCGGUUGAGGGGUACUAUACGGGAUUGGAGUAGGAGGGUUUUUGGGGAUAUUUUUCAGACAGUUAGGCAAAAGGAAGAGGAGGUGCGGUUGGCAGAGGUCCGUGUAGAAAGCGAUGAUUCAGAUGCUGCUAGGGUGCAUUUACAUCUUGCCAAAGGCCAGUUGCGAGCGGCCUUGAGAGUGGAGGAGUUGUUUUGGAAGCAGAAGGCUCGGGUUAGGUGGCUUCAGGAGGGAGAUCGAAAUACAAGGUUCUUUCAUUCUGUCGUCAAAAAUAGAAGGGUACGUUCGAUCAUUCACAGGAUUAGAAAUGGGCAAGGGGAGUGGGUGGAGUCGGAUGAUGGGAUUGGAGCAGAGGCGAUACGGUAUUUCGAGGGGUUGUUUACGGAUCAGCGUCCAGCAUCUUCCUCUGAGUUGCUUCAGCAUAUCCCAACAAUUUUGACUGAUGAGGAGAAUGAUUUGCUGGAGCAGUUUCCCUCUGCGGUGGAGAUUCGAAAUGCGGUUUUUGCGAUGGAUGGGGAGAGUGCACCGGGGCCGGAUGGAUAUACGGGUAAGUUCUUUACGGUUGCUUGGUCAGUUGUCGGUGCGGAUGUUGUUAGCGCAGUGUGUAGUUUUUUCUGUGGGGCGGAGUUGCCUCGGGCUAUUACAGCGACCUCCAUUGCACUCAUUCCUAAGGUUGGGCACCCACAGGAUUUUUCUCAGUUUCGCCCGAUUAGCUUGUGUAACUUUGUUAACAAGUUGAUUUCGCGAAUUUUGGCGGAUCGCUUGGCCCGAAUCCUUCCAAGGAUUAUUUCCCCACAGCAGAGUGGUUUUGUUCGGGGGCGGCUUAUAUCGGAUAAUUUCUUGCUGGCACAAGAGUUGCUCUCUAAUAUAGGGAGGACCUCCAGAAAUGCCGAUGUAGCUCUGAAAUUAGAUAUGUCAAAGGCUUAUGACCGUGUUUCCUGGAUGUUUUUGACAAUGGUUUUGAGGAGAUUUGGUUUUAGGGAGCAAUGGAUUGAUAGGAUUUGGAGAUUGGUCUCGAAUGUUUGGUUUUCGGUCCUAAUCAACGGGGCCAGUGUGGGUUUCUUUAAGUCUACGCGAGGGCUUCGUCAAGGGGACCCGUUAUCCCCAGGUUUGUUUAUUAUUGGCGCUGAGGUGCUGUCCCGCUCUUUGAACCAGUUAGUGGAGCAUCGGGAGUUCAAGUGCUUUUCAGUUCCGCGGGGCUGUCCUAUGAUCACGCAUCUCAGUUAUGCAGAUGACGUCCUGGUUUUUUCAGGUGCUUCAUCCGCUUCGCUGAGAUGUGUUAUGCAGAUUAUUGGAAAAUAUGAAGCAGUUUCGGGGCAGGAGAUUAAUGUUCAAAAGAGCGGGUUCAUGGUGCAUGCUAAACUGCCUAGUCAGUGUGUGGCAAGGAUUCGACGGGUAACUGGAUUUGGUCUGAAGUCGUUUCCCGUGCGUUACUUGGGGUGUCCGCUUUUUGUGGGGCGCCGGAAGUGUCUAUACUUCAUGGAGCUGGUACAGUCAGUUAUUUCUAAAGUUUCUUCAUGGAGGUCCAGAUUUCUAUCCAAUGGGGGUCGGAUUGUACUCAUCAAACACGUGCUUUCAGCAAUCCCAACUCAUUUAUUGGCAGCUUCAUGCCCUCCGAAGGGAGUUCUAGCUUUAGUUGAACGGGCUAUGGCAAAUUUUCUCUGGGGGGAGCGGGAAGGUGGCCUCCGACAUCAUUGGAUUAAGUGGGCAGACCUGUGUGCCGACUCGUCACAGGGCGGGGUUGGUGUUCGAUCGCUUCUGGAUGUUCAUACAGCAUUCUCAUUCAAAUUGUGGUGGCGUUUCCGUACGGGAGAGUGUUUAUGGGCGACAUUUAUGAGAGCCAAGUAUUGUCGGCAGAGUCAUCCAUGCAUGGUAGCGGCGGGUCAGGGCAGUUCAUAUAUGUGGAGGCGUUUGCUUCAAAUUCGUGAGGUGGCGGAGCAAAAUCUUUGGUGGGAGAUGCGGUCGGGACAGUGUAAUUUCUGGUUCGACAAUUGGAUGGGUUCUGGUCCUCUGUGUCAACGGUUACAAAGUGUUUCUGAUCACUUAGUUAGGGAUUUCGUAUUGAAUGGAAGGUGGAAUCAACAGUUGCUACGGCUUUGGGUUCCUGAUGACAUAGUAUCAGAGAUAGUUACUAAAGUUGCCCCAGUGGGAUCCGCGGACGAUCGUGCGGUGUGGGCCUUGACAGAGUCAGGAGAUUUCUCCAUUGCUUCCACAUACGUGCUGCUUGGUAGUCAGACCCCCUCAUCUUUCAUGUUUGAUAGGGUUUGGCACCCUGUAAUUCCAAUCAAGAUAUCAUUCUUCAUGGUAAGAUUGCUGCGGGAUCGUUUACCGUUGGCAUCGUCCCUAGGAAGGUUGCAAGUCUAUGGCCCUUCCAAGUGUUUUUGCUGCUUGGCCUCGCAAUCUGAGUCGUUGGAUCAUGUCUUUGCGGAAGGUGAGUUAGCUCUUUUUCUGUGGACCUUUUUUGGGAAUAGCGCUGGAGUGAGUUAUAGAGGUAUGGGGGUGCGGUCGCGUUUGGCGGCUUGGUGGUGCCAACCGGUUCGGCACUCUCGUCUGGAAUCAUUACAUUCGGUUUUGCCUUGCAUUAUUUGUUGGCAUAUUUGGUUGGCACGGAAUCUUGCAAUUUUUGAAGGGCAGCUCCUGCAUCGACAGACCAUUUGUGACCGUAUCUUGGCAGAUGUCGUAGGGCUAUUUUCCAGGAAGUUUGCAGGUGAGUUUUUUGGGGUUGGCUCCUGGUCGACGGUCCUCUCCAUCUUCUCUGGGUGGAGGCCUCGGUAUUCCCAUAGAGUGGUUUGUUGGGAAUUUCCAGUCCAGGGAGCCUUCAAGUUAAAUACGGAUGGGUGCUCGCUUGGCAACCCGGGCGUUAGUGGCGGGGGUGGUGUGCUUAGGGACUCGUCUGGUGCUUUGUUGUUUGGCUUUUCUGUUCCGUUUGGGGAACUUACAUGUCUGCAAGCGGAGAUAAAGGCUUUGGUGUUUGGGGUGCAACAAUGCCGUCUUCGGGGUUUCUCGCGGAUUCGGGUGGAGGUGGAUUCUCUUGUGUUAGUCAACCUCCUGGUAAGACAAGUCAGGUGUCCGUGGUCAGUUCGGUCGGAUCUGGAAUCGUUACGGGCUGUCCAAGGGUUGGAGUGGACGGUGGGGCAUUGUUAUCGGGAAAUGAAUCAAGUGGCGGAUGCCUUAGCCAAGGUUGGGGCACAUUCUGAGGGUACUAUUUUGUAUACGACACAGUCUGAGUUGCCAAGGGUGGCAAGGGGGGCCUUAGGUUUAGAUAGGUCGCAGAUUCCUGCGAUUCGUACUCGAGCUAUUUCUCACUGA